GGGAGGAGGAAGAGGAGAAGGAGGAGGAGGAGAAGAACAAAGACAAAGCUGGACUCCAGAUUCAUGCAUGACAGAAAUAAUUAAGAAUGAACCCCAUGUCAACUUCAUCUCCCUGCAUCUCUACAGGGUAGACUGACGAUGAAGACGAUGAUGAUGAUGAUGUCUGUAGGAGCUGAAGACAGCCAUUGUACUACAGUCACUGCGUUGAGGUGGCGUGCGCGCGCACUCACACUCUCCAGACUUAACCAGCUCCGUUUCUCAGUUCUGUUGAACCGACUGGGAUGAAGACUUGAUCGAACAACACACAGGUCGGAGACAUGAGCGGUAUUACAGUGUGGGAGAAUGAAAAGGACACCGUAUCAGAAGACGAGCAGUCCUUUCCCGUGUGGACCGAGGAGCGCUGCGAGGAGCUGUGGGAACGCGUGGAAGGAGUGCGACACAAGCUCACACGCAUCCUGAACCCGGCAAAACUCACACCGUACCUACGUCAGUGCAAGGUCAUCGACGAGCAGGAUGAAGACGAGGUGCUCAACUCCACUCAGUACCCGCUGCGGGUCAACAAGGCCGGUCGUUUGCUGGACAUCCUCCGUACUCAGGGCCACCGAGGUCUUCAAGCCUUCAUGGAAUCUCUGGAGUUUUACCACCCGCAGCAGUACACACAGCUGACCGGGGAACAGCCCACACAACGAUGCUCCCUCAUUCUGGAUGAAGAAGGUCCAGAGGGUUUGACCCAGUUUCUGCUCCUGGAGGUGCGUAAACUAAGAGAACAGCUGAAGAACAGUCGCCUGUGUGAGCGGCGUCUGACGCAGCAAUGUCGAGCGGCAGAGGAAGAACGGACUUGUGCCGAACGUAAAGCACAGGAGUUGCUCCGCGACAAACAGCAGGUGCAGAGGCUCCGUCAGGACUGGGAAUCAGCCAAUCGGGAACUGGGAAUGCUGAAGGACAGACACCUGGAGCAGGCAGUCAAGUAUUCAAAAGCCCUAGAGGAGCAAGGAAAGGCCUCCACCAGGGAGAGAGAGCUGCUGAGGCAGGUGGAGGAGCUGAAAUCCAGGCUGAUGGCGGCAGAGAAGGCCAUGGGUUCUCUGGAGAACACGACACCAGUGAAAACACACAGAGUUCAAUCGAAGGGAGUCAGUGGUUCUCCUGCUGCUCUACCACAAAAACCCCUGCUCCGUGCUGAGUCUGGUGGCACGGAAACUCAGGAGAGAAAAGUAGCUCCUGCCACUGGAGCUUUGAUGGACAUCCUGCAGCAGGAUCGCAGAGAGGCUUCAGAGCAGAGGCAGGAGCUCUGCGACAUCAUUACCAGACUGCAGGGGGAGCUACAAAGCGCUGAGGAGCAGAGGGACAAACUGCUGUCACAGUGUGAGCAGCUACAGCUGAACUUGAAGGCUCUCCACCUGGACUGGGAGACGGAGCAGAAGAGGAGCCUGUCCUACUUCAACCAGAUCAUGGAACUGGAGAAGGAGAGAGACCAGGCUCUGCGGAGUCGAGACAGCCUCCAGCUGGAGUACACAGACUGCCUGCUGGACAAGAAUCGUCUUCGUAAAUGCAUCGCGGAUCUGGAGGCCGACCUGGAUCAGCAGCAGAGGGCACUGGAGAAGGAGAGGGUGAAGAACCAGGAGCAGAAGGAGCAGAACAACCACUGUCUGAGCUGUUCCCACCUGUCUCUGUGCAGUGAGGACCAGUGCUACGACCCCUGCUGCUCCCUCGGCCUGGACCUGAGCCCCAGAGCCAGCAGCAGCCAGCAGCUGCUGAAAAAGGCGCCAUCUAGAGGACAAACCCAGGAGAACUCUGAGGAUUCCAACUCGGAGGAGAAUCUUCUCAUACUAUCUUCAGAAGUCAAUGAAAAAGAAAUCAAUCGACUUUCAACAUUUCCCUUCCCUCCUUGUAUGAACUCGAUCAACCGACGUUUCCACACAGAGUUUGACCUGGACUCUUGGGGCAGUGAUGACAAUGAUAAUGUGACUGGGGUUCAGACUCAACCCUGUUUGUGGGACUCCUGGAACUCCCUGCACUCUCAACCCUUCCCACCGGACCUGGUCAACACGCCGGUACUGUCCUCGCAGUUGUCCAGUCAAAGUCUUCCCAGUCCCUGCACCUCACCCAAGCCUGGGAAAGCCAGUCUGGCUGAUGACAUCACCAUAGUCGGAGGAAACCUCACUGGGAUCUUUGUGAGCCACGUCAGAUCCGGUUCCCCAGCGGAACAGUGUGGUCUGAAGGAGGGCAGCGAGCUGCUGGAGCUGGAGCAGGUUCUGUCCAGUGGUGGUAGUGUCCUGCUGGGUCAGUGCACUGCAGAAGUGGCUCACUUCUCCCUGCAGUGGUGGACUGAGCCCCAGUCCCUCAAACACAGGACCAACCCAGAGAGUUACGCCCAGCUCUGCUCCCAGCUCUCCUCGCCCACCUUCAUGGGCGCUGACUCCUUCUACGUGCGUGUGAAUCUCAACAUGGAGCCUCACGGCGACUCGCCGUCUCUGAGCUUGUCAUGUGACGACAUCAUACAUGUCACGGACACGAGGUACCAUGGGAAAUACCAUUGGCACUGUUCAGUGGUGGACCCAAACACUGUAAAGCCCCUGCAGACAGGAACCAUGCCCAACUAUAACAGGGCACAGCAGCUGUUACUGCUGAAGCUCAGGAAAAUAGCCCUGCAGGAAAACCACUUCACCAAGAAGAUGUUUCACAGGAAGUCCCCUGAUCGUGUACGUCUGGUCAAGGCAGUGGACCCCCACAGCCGAGGGAGUGGCUCAACACAGCAGGUCAUUUACACACUCAGUAAACGCCAUGAGGAACACCUGAUCCCUUACAGUCUGGUGCAGCCAGUGGAGGUCCAGACCAAGCGGCCGGUCAUCUUCACCCCCUCCCUUCUCUCCCACGGCCUCAUCCAGAGGCUGCUGCAGCUGACAAGGUCAGAUCUGACCUUUGACACCUGUGCACCAGAGGCAGUGCAGGCGUCAGAGAGACAAGACAAGAACUGGCUCUUAAUAAAUUCCUGCAGUUCAAAGCAGACUCUGGGCAUACGGCUGAAGUCAAUCCAGAAUGUCAUUGAACAGGACAAACACUGUCUGCUGGAGCUGGGUGUGUCCAAUGUGGAAGGCUUAAUAAGACAAGGGAUUUACCCCAUAGUCAUUCAUGUCCGUCGUAAGAACAAGAAGCACAAGAAGCUGAGGAAGUUCUUUCCACACUGUGGGGAGAACAAUGUCAUGGAGGAUGAGUGUCAGGCUGAGGAGCUGCAGCUGGAGACCCUGCCUCUGCUCUUCUACACCCUGGAGCCCAGCUCCUGGAGCUGCACUGACGAGCUGCUGGCAGCCAUAUGCGAUAUUAUCCAUCGCCAACAGAGGGCAGUAGCGUGGGUUGAACUGGAUAGGUUGCAGUGAAAAAAUGUAAACAUUUCAAAUGUGAGCUGGAUUCACAAUUUCUUUAGUACAUUUUCCACUGAUGUUUUGCAUGUUUUAUUUACUUGUUUUUUUCUACAUGACUCAAUUGAAACUGGUUGCACCAAACGGCUGUAGACCUGUAUGCAUACCUGUAGACAGACAUGUUGUAUUUUAUUUAUAUAGUCAAGCUGGACUGGCUACACUGAUUAAAAUUGAAAUGUACGCAAUUUAUUCUUUUGAUAAGUAGCUUUAUUAACAUACUGUACUGACUUGUUUGGUUUGACAUUUGAGAUGAGACACAGGUUGCCCAUUUUAAAGUCUAAACAUGCAAUAUUUUUACCACAUGCAUCAUAAAAAUUGUUUUUAAUUUGUUCUUGUUCUGUUAUAUGUCUUAAUUUUUUCCAAUUGUGUUUUUAAGGACUGUGUUGUUGGUUUCUUAACACCAGUGUUUCCCAAACAUUUUUAACACACUAGUUCACGGCAGAAUGGUGGGAUUCACUGCUAUACCCUACACCACAAUUGCUUUAUUAACAAUAGGUUCUGUUUUGUUAAUAAAAAAAUAUUUUCUUUUGUGUGGAAAAAAUAAAUGUGCCAAAUGGUUUUUAUUCAUUCAUUUAUACAUUUAAAAAAACAGUUUUCUAGCUGGGAUAAAAUGGCCGACACAUGUUUUUAAAAAGCACACUGCUCUGCAGUCUACGUAUAUAGUUGAAAAUGUUGUAAAAUAAAUGAAUGAUUAAUGAACAUGGAAUUUCAUUAGAAGGAACAAUCCCGCCGUAAC